GAGCUGAUGUUAACUCCAAAAACUAUUGUGGCCAGACAGCAUUGAUGCAAGCUUGUAGAUAUGGACAUUGGGAAGUUGUGCUAACUCUUCUUCUCUUUCAUUGCAAUGAUCCUUAUUUUAGGAUGACUUGCGGUGUUGCACCUCUGUUAGGCUAUAGCAAGCCUGCACUGAUUGAGUCAUCAUUUUCCAUGCUCUGCAUUAUCUAA